AUGUAUGGAUUAAUUUUAGUUGGUGUCCAAAAUUAUAUUGAGUCUGUAUAUGGACAAGAUGUUUGGAUGAGAAUUGUUGAAAAAUCUCAUCUAGGCCAUUUAACUUUUCAAACACAUAAAGUUUACUCUGAUAAUGUACCGAAACGCUUAUUUCAUGCUAUAAGUGAUGAAAUUGGUGACAGUAUUGAACAAUUAACCUAUCAAAAUGGUUUAUACUUUGCUGCAUUUACAUCAGAUUAUGGCUAUGAAAAUCUUUUACGUGUACAAGGCAGAGAUUUUAUCAGUUUUUUGCAUAAUUUAGACAACUUACAUGAGUAUUUACGCUUUUCAUACCCAAAAAUAAGACCACCAUCAUUUUCAAUCGUUAAAGUUACUCACAACUGUAUACGAUUAAAGUAUUCAACAAAACGUGAUGGUUAUACACAUUAUGUUAGAGGACAAUUAGUUACUUUAGCCAAACGUUUAUACGAUCUUGAUAUAAGAGUUGAAUUAAUUGAUAUGAAAAUGAUUAAUUAUGUCUACCAUAUAACCUAUGAUAUAUAUGCAUUGAAUGGAAAACAUUGGAUUGAUCCACAAAAGUAUUAUAUUCAAAAACCUUUGGAUAGUUGGGGUGAUACAAUUGCUAGUAAUGAAUUCUUUAACAUUUUUGCAUUUUCACUAUUAAUUACAAAUGAUAUGAAAAUAAAAAAAGCGAGUAAUUCAUUCUGUAAACUGGAUCCAACACUUGAAGGCAUGGGAUUCAAUGAAAAAUUUCUACUAUCUCGACCAUUUAUUCGUCCUACAUUAGAAGAGAUUAAACUGCAUACGCAUAACACAUUCGAAUUGGUACUGAUGAGUGAUCCAGGUCUGAAAAAAACAUGUCAACAAUUGGUAUCUGGUCAGACAGCGUGUAAAUUUAGAGGUGAAAUGCGCUUCGUUGAAGAAUGGAAUAUGGUUUUAUUCUUAGGUGCACCAUCUAUACGAGAUACUAAACAACUCAGUGAACAUGGGCUUUAUAUAUGUGAUCUAAAUAUGUUUGAUCGAAGUAGAGAUGUUAUCAUCUGUGGCGAUCAACAUUCAGAUGAAUUAAUUAAACUUUUUCAGAAGCAACGUAAAAAAAGUGAAGAACUAGAAAGAAGUAUGAAACAUUUGGAUGAAAUGAGGAAAAUAACUGAUCGUCUUUUAUAUCAGUGUAUACCAAAAGAAGUGGCACGUAAACUACGUGAUGGUACACCAGCACUUGAAACUAUUGAGGCUUACGAUGCUGUAAGUAUAUGCUUCACAAAAGUGUUCAAUUUCAGUGCAAAAUGUAUGCAUAUAAGUGUUAAUCAAGUUGUUGAACUGCUGAAUAAGAUGUACACACUUUUCGAUGACCUCACGGAAACCUGUAAUGUUUACAAAGUUGAAACCAUAGGAGAUAGCUAUAUGCUUGUUUCUGGAGCACCGCAUAAAACACGCUUCCAUUCAGCACAUAUAGCUGAAAUGGCAUUGAAUAUAUUAAAAGUAACUAAUGAAUCUCUGUCAUGGCCAAAGCCUAACAAGCAUACAAAUGAUGACGACGAUGACAAUAAUAAUAAUGAUGAUGAUGAUGAAGAGGAAGAGAAGUUGAGACUUUUUAUUGGAUGUCAUACUGGACCAAUUGUAGCCGGUAUAGUAGGUCAUAAAGCACCAAGAUAUUGCUUAUUCGGAGAUACAGUCAAUACAGCCAGUAGAAUGAUGUCCUAUGGUAUGCCUGAUCGUAUACAUGUCAGUCAAACGUUUGCUGCUAGUCUUUCGGAAUUUCCAUACAUUUUAGAAUUCCGUGGCGAAAUUAGCGUGAAGGGUAAAGGUAAAAUGAGAACCUACUUUGUCAAUGGUCGAAGUAAUGAAUACAAACUACCGAAUAAAUUAUACGGCAACCAAUCAAAUUUUUCUCAAGUUUUAGAAGAAGACAUUUAUCAAAUUGAUUCAGAGCCUUCAACUGGAUCAUAUGAUAAUUCGAUUGCUGAUGAUAGUGAUAAUGAUGUUGUUGAUGAUGAUUCUUUCAGUGAAACUGGACAAGAUAAAACAUCGGAAAGUUCAACAGGAAUUGAUGUGGACGACCAUGAACCCAGAGACAAACACAAAACAGUGGACAGAUUAAAUGCAAAUACUAUUGAUAUUAAAGAAGGUGUCAUGAAUAGUAAAUCAAUAAAUAUUCUUAAUAAACUUCCUUACAACAAUGACUAUUGUUUAGAGCUCCCAAAAGUGUAUAAGGAAAAAGAAUAUAUGUAUGAUAAUAUAUCCUCAGACAAAAUUACAACACCUGAUCUGAACGAAUAUAGCAGUAACAGUAACAAUAAGCAUAUAGUGUGUACUGAAAUCCAUCAAAACUAUUCACAAUCAGUUGUACGAACUUCUCUUGGUCGGAAGACACGUGACAGUUUAGAACUUGAUCAUUUACUUAAAAAUGCACUACAUCGCCUAAAUUAUCAUCUUCAUGGACUUAAGAAAGACAGGAAUGCAUCAUGUUUAACAUCAGCAUCGUAUAAUAGAAAAGAUGUAAAGUUUGAUUUGAAAAAUAAAGAAAUUAUCUGUGAUACUACUGAAAAUAGUUAUGAGUACUAUACACAGAUGACAGAAUCUGAUUCUGUUGAUGAUGAUAAUGAUGAAGAAGAGGAAGAAGAAACAAAGAAUAAUUUGAAAGUAAUUGAGAAGAAGAACGCUCCUGCAAAAGUCCAUUCUAAAGAGCAUUAUCAAGAUCAAAAACAGCCACCACAACUAGUUUCAAUGGAUUCUAAAAACAUGAUGCAGUUAGAAGGAACUUAUGAAAGUCAAGUAAUAAAGUGUAAAAUUAAAAGAUUUAGAAAAAUGAUGAAAGACAAUUCAUUCAGUCAAAUGAAUCCAAUUUCUCUCACUUCGUCUGGAUCGGAUUUAUUCAAUGAACUAUCUGAACCUUUGUCAUUAGGCCUAACAGAAUUGGCUAUAGUAAGACCGAGUGAACCGAUAAAAUAUCUUGGAUCUUGGUUGAAGUGUUAUUCGUCAAUGAAAUGA